AUGUCUUCAGAUGCAGACUACGCCGCCUUCCUCGACAAAGCGAACCAAGAUGCUGCACCUGUCGAGCAGCAGGAUUCGAGCAAGGGCUACGGCACGAAGAGCGUGAAUACGUCGGUGCCCAAGGCGCUCGAGAGCAUCGAGGAGUACUAUGUUAGCGAUGCGGAUGAGCCGUUUGAACCUGUCGCGAUGGAAUUUGAGGGGGGCAGUGUAACUGCUGAUGACCUGAAGAAGCUGCUGGGUGAGGAUAAGAUUGAGGAGGUCAAGGAGCAUGGGUUUGAGACACAGUAUAAGAACGUGUUAAAUGCGGUCAAGAAGGCUGGCAAUGGAGAGGUCAAGGUCUUCAGAGUUGAUCUUGAUAGUACGAGGGCAGAGUACUAUGUUGUAUCUGUCGACAAGGACGGAGGGAAGCUUGUGGGAUUGAAGGCACUGAGUGUUGAGUCGUAG